GCCGUCUUCCUGUUUCCUUCAGCUGUGUCUUAAAGUGAAUCUUGUUGGUGGAGGAGAGCUCGAGCGUCGAAGCUCUGCAUCGCGUGCGCCUCGGUCAAGCUGCUACGACAUCAUCACCAGUCGUUCACCCCUCGAGAGAAGAUGACAGAGAGCGGAGCAAAAUAGCUCUUGUAUGUCUAUUUUUAUGUCCUACGGACGCGCUCAUCACUCACUUUACUCAUACUCUUCCUUCCCUGAGAAAUUAUAAUAUUGAACGUUUCGCGGCGAAGCUUUCAUAGUCCCUAUUCUUUUUUUCAGCAGUAAAAAAAGGCCUUUCCCUUCAUCCGUGGGUGUCAUUCAGCAGUGGGGCUAGAGGAGCGGGUUUGUGGGAUAUGGCCCAAUAGCAGCAGACCGUGAUGCCGGACCAUGACAGCGACUCCUUCCUGAGCAGACAGACCAAGAGAAGACGAGUGGACAUCGGGGUGAAGAGGACUGUGGGCAGCAACGCUGCCAACGCAGCAGCAGCAGCCACAACAAGCGCAGACAUCGCCCAUGCCAAAGCAGCAAUCUUCGGUACUAUGAACUCUCUCAACUCCCACCACCAUGGCUCCGAUGCAGACUCCAUGGACUGCUCCAUGGUGCAGCCGCACGGCCACGCUGGGGUCGUCACAGCAACCAACAGCGAGUCCAAGUCCAACGUGCUCCGGAAGCUCCUGAAGAGAGCCAACUCGUAUGAAGACGCCUUCCCCGGUGCCACUAUCAUCUCUCAGCUCCUCAAGAGCAACAUGGCCAAGAACGGAAGAGGAGAGAGAGGGGAGAGAGGAGAUAGAGAGGAUGGGGGGUUCCCCAGGUCGGGCCUCUCCAGUGGGGGUUCCGAAGCCCACCAGGAGGACGCCUGCAGUAAUUCGUCCCAGGACAGCCCCCAGGAGUGCCUUUCCCCUUUUGGCCAUCCCCCGGCUCUGGGCGCCUUUGACCUAGAGCGCCUCAACGACGAGCACCUCCGGGCCAAGCGUGCCCGAGUGGAGAACAUCAUCCGGGGCAUGAGCCACUCACCCGGGGUGGUGGUGCCCACACGCCACCUCGGAGAGCGGGACCACGAACAGGAACAAUGUGGACGGGAGAGAGAGCGAGAGAUGGACGGUGACAGGGACAGAGAAAUGGAGAUGAACUGCCCCCCACAGCCGCCCAGCCCCAGGGGAGAGGUGUGCAGCCGGGAGAACAAAAGGAAACAGCGCCUGCCCCAGCAGCAGCAGCAGAGCUUCACCCAGCUGGUGUGCCAGCGUAAAGAGCAGAAGCAUGAGGAGCGCAGACAACUGAAGCUGCAGCUGGAGGACAUGCAGAAGCAGCUGCGCCAGCUGCAGGAGAAGUUUUUCCAGAUCUAUGACUCCACCGACGACUCGGAGCAUGACCUGGCCCAUGACCUAGGCAACAUGUCUGAGGACAGCGCUGGGAGGUCUGAUGCUGGAGGAGAUGACCGGACAGACCGUUCCGACAAUGAGAUGUCAGACCUGGAUCCGGGACACUUCCUGGACCGAGCAAGGGCUUUGCUCCAGGAGCAGGCCCUGCUGGCUGAGGGGGACAAGCUCAGGAGAGAGGGGCUGGUCUGGGGGAAAGGUCCUGGUCAGGGCCCCUCCUCCUCCAUGCACCAUGCAGAGGGCAAGCUGCUGGCUGAGACAUUGAAACAGGAGCUCAACUCGGCAAUGAACCAGGUGGUGGACACAGUGGUCAAGGUGUUUGUCAAGCCCCCUCGCCCCACACCACCCCAAGUCUUCCCUCCCCUCCCCAUGCCCACAGAGAGGUUUGGUGUCAACGUCAAGGGCCCCAACUUCCACACAGCCAACCAGCGCCUGCAAUGCUUUGGCGACGUCGUCAUUCCCAAUCCCCUGGAUUCGUUCGGCAGCAUACCUGUGCCCGGCGCCAACGACCAGACGGAGGCGCUGCCCCUGGUGGUGAGGAAGACGCAGACGGGGCACCAUCACCAAUCCUCAGCCGUGGGCACCCACGGGGGCCAUCACCACCCCUCCCUGCACCCCUCCUCCCUCUCUACCUCCAUGGGCUUCAGCCCCCCUUCUUUCCGCCACCCCUUUCCCCUUCCUCUCAUGGGUUACCCCUUCCAGAGCCCUCUGGGCCCACCCUCCGGCGGUUACCCAGGGAAGGACCGUUCCUCCCCAGACUCCAUGGACCUGUCCAGGGAGACCACCAGCCUGCGGACCAAAAUGUCAUCAGGGCAUCAUGUGGGGCACCACCACCGGUCUUUCUCUCCGACCAACCCUGGGAGCACUGCAGAGGGGCUCUCCCUGUCCCUCAUCAAGUCAGAGUGUGGAGACAUGAGCGACAUGAACGACAUCUCACCAUACUCAGGCAGCACUAUUCAGGAGGGUCUUUCCCCCAACCACCUGAAGAAGGCCAAGCUCAUGUUCUUCUAUGCCCGUUACCCCAGUUCCAACAUGCUCAAGAUUUUCUUCUCCGACGUCAAGUUUAACCGCUGCAUCACGUCCCAGCUCAUCAAGUGGUUCAGUAACUUCCGAGAGUUCUACUACAUCCAGAUGGAGAAGUUUGCCCGGCAGGCCAUCAACGACGGUGUCACCGGAGUGGAGGAGAUGAGCGUCAGCCGCGACUGCGAGCUCUACCGAGCCCUCAACAUGCACUACAACAAGGCCAACGACUUUGAGGUUCCAGAGCUGUUCCUGGAGGUGGCUACAAUUACGCUGCGUGAGUUCUUCAACGCCAUUGUGGCAGGAAAAGACGUGGACCCAUCCUGGAAGAAGGCCAUCUACAAGGUGAUCUGCAAGCUGGACAGCGAGGUGCCCGAGGUCUUUAAGUCACCCAACUGUCUCCAGGAGCUCUUACACGAGUAACCUAUCAUGACCUGCCUUCAACCCCCCCCACCCCCUGCCCAACACUUUUUUUGCUUUUCAUGUUUUUAUUUAUUUAUUUAUUUUUAUCUGAUUUUCUUGCUUUUUUGAAUGUAUGAAGUAUGAAGUUUCAUUCCUCCCAAUCUGAUGCCUACUGGACUGUCCAAGUUAUCUAGCUAUUGUGUUGUUGUUAUUAUUAUUAUUAUUAUUAAUUUCAUCAUGACUAUGAUUAUUUUUAUUUUUAUUUUUAUGAUUCUAUCUGAAGAUACUUUUAUCCUAUUGAGCAAGGGUGUCAAACUCAUUUGAUGGAAGGCCUAUUGUCUGUUUUUUUUCUUUUUUCUUUCAUUUAAGCCCUAGACAACCAGUUGUGGGGAGUUCCUUACUAAUUAGUGACCUUAAUUCAUCAAUCAAGUACAAGGGAGGGGCGAAGACCCGCAGAUACUCGGCCCUCCAUGGAUUGAGUUUGACACAUGCUAUUUGGUGGUUGGACUGUGUGAAACCUGAUCUAUCUGCCCUGAUGUACUAGAAACACUAAAUAGGGGUCCUCACUAUGCCCAGACAAGGGAUUCCCACGACCCUGUACCCUACCUACUCUAAGAAUGACCCUACAAUGCUAGUGAGGUCACCAAUAGAUUUUGGCCCACUACACUACGAAAUGGGAGAGGGGUCCUCAAUAGGCUCUCCCCACUAUGCGAGGUGACUCCCCAAUAGGUGCCCAAUACAAUGGAUAUCCCACGGAGGACAACACUACACUACACUUUAUUAACUACUGAACUAUACUGGAAUACUAGUACUGGUCUGUAUUGGUAUACUGGAACUGGACUGGUAUCAGUCAUCUACUGAGCUCGACCUUGAUACUUUAAAGUGUGCUUUCUGUGAUUAGGACAUUGUGUUUAUUGGGUGUAUAUUAUUAAUAUUAUUUUUCCUGUUGUUAUUGUUGUUUUUAUUAUUAUUAUUUGUCAUCAUUGCUUGAUACAGAUUGGCACUUCCAGAUUUGUCCCUUGACAACGUUACAGAAAAUAAAUUAUUAUUAUUGUUCCAAAAGAG